AGCAGCUAAAAGCAAGCAAGUUAUUAUGAUCAUAUAAGCUAGCUUUGAGAGAAAACAGAGAGAGGUGUAUAUUAUGGAAGGCCAGUUAGCAAGGGAAGCCAAUAAAAGGAUCGAAAAUGUGUCGAAAGGCGUUGACGGUACGAAGCUGGAAGCCCUGGCAGUGGAAGGGCUUAGAGUAGUUCAUGCUCAAAAGGGUUUGCUUCGCUGUAGAUUUCUCAUUUCAAAUGCUGUAUCUGAUCAACGUGGAAAUUGGUAUGUUGGAGCAAUAACAACCUUAAUGGAUGAUCUUGCAGCCUUUGCCACAUAUAGCUCAACUGGCCUUGUCAAUGCUACUGUUUCCUUGAACAUUUCCUACUACUCCACGGCAAAGAUUCAAGAAGAAGUAGAUAUAGAAGCUAAAGUUGUGGCAGAAAUGGGAAAGCUUACAUCUGUGGUUGUGGAGGUUAAAAGGACUGAUAACGGAAAACUGAUUGCUCUGGGUAGGCAGUGGAUGACUUCAAUCAAGAAUCAAUCGGGGCAGUGAAGUUUGAAUAUUUGAUAUAGAUGACUUGGACCAAACAAAAUAAUAAGGGCAUUAAAGGAGGCUCCCAUUCAAAUCCUAGAUAAAUAUGUUCUGAAUAAGAGAAUUGUAUUUUGUUUAAGAACGUCAAUCUUUGUUUAGCUAGGGAUAGCCAUACACUUUUAAAAACGUUGUAAUUGAGAUCCUCAAUUUACACAAUUUGUAGCACAUUGACCUGAUUUCCAAAAAUUCUGAUAGUGAAAUAUCUACGCACAUGACAAGUGUGUGACCUUAUAUUCAUUGCAAAUAUACAAUGUGACGAGCUAGUUGGGUUUGACAUUUAGACUUGGUU